AUGCUCAUGUACAAGAUCUACACGUUCCUUACCAAGUGUGUGGUGCAGGCGCACGCUCCCAUCCAGGAGCUGGUUAACAACCAGCAUGAGCUGCCGUCCUUUAUGCGGGACACGGCUUCCAAGCGUCUGAAGGAUCCAGAGAUAUCCCGGAUCCAGGACAACGUGCAGAACUCAGCUUUCAUCCAUCAUUACCAUGCUUGUAUCAGAUUUCAGAUCUCACACAUGGCAUGGCAGAUGUGCCUGAAAGUGACCGGUGCAAGGUGCGAGCUGUGCUUUACCUCUCUUACAGGGACGCGACGAGAGUGCGGGCAAUCUGCAGCCUGGACAGCCAGCGUGCUCACAGGCAGCACAGUGGGUUCGAUCUUGAGUGGCACGGAGCGCGACGUGUGGGCGGCCACGUUGCGUGGGAGUGAAACAGCCUUCGGUGAAGGGCGACAGAAGCUGAAGGCGUACUACAUCAACACGGACUUGGAUGAUGCGCGCAGGAGCGGUCUGGAGAGUACGUGUGUCCAGUUGGAUUUGGAUUGUGAGCGUGUGAUGCCUCCGAAGCUAAGCAGUGAAGAAGUCUUGAAUUGCGUCGACAGCACGCCUCUGCGAUCUUUUGAGUGUUCCUUGGUGUAUGCACACCGCGGCAUCCUGAAGCAGAUAAGCUCCGGAACUGCGGAAGCUCUCGUCCUGGAAGACGAUGCCAGGCUGAACGGCGAUUUAGCUGCAGAGUCUGCCAAGGAGAUGCUUCAGUCCGCAAGAGAACGUGACUUCGUGAUGGCCGGAUGGUGCGAUCCAUCCUGCGCACACGCCUACCUCGUGUCUCCAGGUGGAGCCAAGAUGCUUCUCGGCCGGGGUUUUGCACGUCGGGUCCCGAGGGGUAUUCGCAACACAUGUAACUGCCUAACUGCGUUGCAACAGGUCCCGAGCUGCCAGCUGACUCGAUGUUUCCGGCUUUCGAAGAUCAGGAUGUCCUCUUCCCUCGUCGCUGUCCUGGCGGGUAUCCGGGAGAUUUUGGCUUGUUCUGCCAAGAUCGUGCUACUCCUCACUGCAAGUCUUAUUCGUGCUCCGGAAGCAUUGAUCCGUGAGGAUCAAAGCCACGACAGGGAACAGACGGACUCUGUUGUUGUUGACGAGGUGAAGGUGAAAGCACUCCAGACAGGAAGUGCCCAGCUUCGAAAAACCGAUGAGAAGAAUCAGGAGCCGCCACCUCCCGUUGCGACCUCGAGCCGGAACUCCCUGCUAAAGGCAGUGAGCAGCCCUCAGGCCUGCUGUGCGGCUCUGGCCGGCCUGCAGCAGAACCAGGCGAUUGCCAAGCCAGCUACCGAGAUUAUGCGACCGCUGGUUUUCUCCAUCAUCCAAGAGUCUGAGGAGUUCUCGAGGAUGAUCGACACCAAGAAGGAGGACAUUGUCGUUGCCUUCAUGGAGCAAUGCAGAGAGGGUGUAAGAGAUGCCCCUGGUCGAGAUUUUCAUCGAGACAUGAAUGGACUUUCGGCUCCACCGUUGGAGCUGCGGAUGCGUGAGAUUGAGGAAACCUCAGUUCGAGUCUUCGAGACACUCGCAAAGCGUGCGGAACUGCUGGUGGAUUCAUUGACCAAGUCACCGCCGGAGUUUUGGAAGGUUUGGACAACCUUCUACCCAGCGCUUGCGGAUUUUUCAGAGUCCAGCCCGAUCUUCGAGAGCGCACUGUACUUUUUCAGGAGGCUGGGUGAACUCAUGCGCGAGCAAGAUGCGCAGCUGACCCAGCAAAUGAUGACGGAUGUUGCUCUAGCUUCACUGGCCAAGGAAUUAGCUCGAUCUCCCGAGAAGCGAGAUCUGCUGUGCGAUGUGGUUUACUCCUUCGUCCAGGAGGACACACUAAACCACAUCCUGACGUUGCGUGCGCUGAAAGAGAAGGUGGGCGACGACCUGGCAGUGUACGUGCCGUGCUUGGCCAGCUUGAUCAAUCUAGAUGGUCAAGCGGGUCUCCUGGACGAACAUCUCCUGGACUUGUACAUAUACUAUGCUUUAAUGGCGAUACAAAGCCCCAAGCCCAGGGUUCGGGUGGCCGGCCUGGCGAUCAUUUGCAGCGUCACAGGCUGGUCUUCACAGCAUCAGCCGGUCGUGGCCCUGCUGCAGCACUUUUCUGCUCUCGCCAAUGAUGAGUGGUGGGAGGUCCAGGCCCAGCUGCUGCGACUGUCGGCUAAGCUUCUAGGUAAGCUCUCCACUGAGCGGGGCCAAGCCGUGGUUGGAGCAGAAGAUGAUGGCAGCGCCAGUGGUGCCAGCAGACUCGAAGAAGGUGCAGAGGCAAGUGUGGACGCCGUCAUUGAGGAGAUCCUAUCCAUCGUCAGCCGUCUUUUUGUUGUUAGCAACUCCAAGAAUGUGUUGCAGGUUGGAUUAUCUGCUCUUGUGCAUGUGCUGCCUGACUAUCCGAAUCUGCUCCCAGUGUUUGUAGCGGUGCUUCUUGGGCAGACACCAGCCCUGCGGCAACGGCUUCUGCAGGAGCCUGCCGAGGGCGACGACAAAGCCGGCCGCACCUAUGUGCAUGGCAACUUCACGUGCACUUACGAGGAGACAUGCUUGCCAGAGAUCUGGCCGCACUUGGAUAUUGCCAAGACGCUGACUAUGCAGCUAGAGGCUAGCCCGCCCGACCAUCUGGAGACAGAGCAUCUCGAGGUGCUGUUGGCCAGCCUGCCCUUCUUCUUCGACGAAGAUGAAGCAGACGAGUGGUUUAACAUUUUCGAGAAGGUAAAGAAAUAUGUCUUCACGGCAUUGGUGGAUCCACAUCUCCACCUGCUCAGCACGCAAAUCAUCCGGAAGUUCUGGGCAAGUGGUGUUGAGACGAUUGCGGCGAAGACAAGGGAAAACUCCCUGGACAUGAUGGCAGAGACUCUCAGCAUGCUCUAUGAUGGUUCGGAGCGGGUCGAGGAGGCCUCAGUCAUUGUGUUUCUUCGAGAGAUGCGGGGUCGCGACGACGACACCCAAGCAGAGGUGGAUCGCAUGAUCGAUCACUUCGCUGAGUCCCACCCAGACAAGUAUCAGGCAUCACAGCUGCACACAGUGUCCCAAGAGUGA